AUGCCACUACCCAGAUCGCGGAAAGAUAUUGGUCUCGGAAAAGCCAUUAUUAGGGAUAGAUUUAAAGGAAAUUCCAGACCCAAAGAUGGCGAUACAGUUCUGCAUACAACAGAUUUAGAUGACGGAGCUAAAUGGACCAAAUUACAAUCAGUAACUCAACAAAGUGACUUGGACGAAUUUUUAACUACAGCUCAGUUAGCGGGAACUCAGUUUACUGCUG